GAACUCUCACUGCAAGUCAAUGCGCAGGUCGGACCGUGAUUACAGACACACACAGCAUAUCGACCCUCAAUGAAAUAUUGCGUUUUUUAUUACAAACUGGACGACAGAUCGCCCUCAGCAAGUCAAAUACUCCAUCUAAGAGCUCGUAUUUCGUAAAGUAUUCUCAUUAGUUCAAAAGAUCUCAGUAAUGGAGGAUGAGGAUGAAUGUCCGGAGUUAGUUCCCAUCAAGGAGAAGCCCACCGGACCCACAGCUCAGAUACCUGUUACCAUCAUCACUGGAUACUUGGGUGCAGGGAAGACAACACUGUUGAACUACAUAUUAACAGAGCAACAUAAUAAACGAAUAGCUGUCAUACUUAAUGAAUUUGGUGAAGGCAGUGCUCUGGAGAAGUCUCUAGCUGUGAGUCAAGCAGGAGAGCUUUAUGAGGAGUGGUUGGAGCUGAGGAACGGCUGCCUGUGCUGCUCUGUAAAAGACAAUGGUUUAAAAGCUAUUGAAAAUCUAAUGGAGAAGAAAGGAAAGUUUGACUACAUCCUUCUAGAGACAACUGGAUUGGCAGAUCCAGGAGCAGUUGCUUCCAUGUUCUGGGUUGAUGCAGAAUUAGGGAGUGAUGUCUACCUGGAUGGUAUUGUAACGGUUAUAGAUGCUAAAUAUGGGAUGCAGCAUCUAACAGAAGAAAAGCCAGAUGGUCUUAUCAAUGAAGCUGCCAGGCAGAUAGCGCUUGCUGAUCUGACCAUCAUCAAUAAGACCGAUCUAGUGAAGGAGACUGAGCUGGUGCAGCUCAGAGAUACUGUGAGAUCAAUAAAUGGGCUCGUAAAGAUUUUGGAGACACAAAAAUCCAGGGUUGAUCUGUCUCAAGUAUUAGAUUUACAUUCUUUUGAUACCAAAGAUGGCACAAGGUUGGCUGAAAAGCUGCAGCUGGUAAAAACAAGUCAACCACAUCUAGACAAGAGUAUGCUGACUGUAACAUUUGAAGUACCUGGCAGUGUGUCAGAAGACCUAUUAAAUAUAUUCAUUCAGAACCUCCUAUGGGAGAAGAUAUUUAAAAACAAAGCAGGAUUGGCAAUGACAGUUAUCCGGUUAAAGGGGAUCUUCUCCAUUCAGCAAAAUCAAAAGAAGGUGAUGUUGCAGGGGGUCCAUGAGCUUUAUGAACUGGAAGAGACUCCAGAGUUCUGGUCAGAUCACGAGCCCAGACUCAACCGACUCGUCUUCAUAGGUCGAAACCUUGAUGGCGAGGUUCUGAAGGAGGAGUUCAUUUCAGCCGUGUCAAAUAAAGACAGCGUGGAGUAGAUGAUGCCUGAUGACUGAAAUUGUGCACAAUCUACCAGGCCACGUAUACAAACCAUACAACACCAACAACCUCUAUCUUAUAAGACAUUUGUAAAAUCACUGAAAAUGCAGCUGUUUCUGUUUGCAACCCACAGAGAGUUUGCAAAUCCUUUAGCAGCUUCAUAGGUGCUUAUCGUGCUCCAUAAUGUUUGAAAUGAAAAAAGUGGUCAAAUCUGACACCUAUUUCUCUUAAACGUGUGUACUAAAAAUCCUUUAAGGGGAUAGUUGACCCAAAAAUGAACAUUUUGCCAUCAUUUACUCACUCUCAAGUUGUUCCAAACCUGUAUGAGUUUCUUUCUUCUGUUGAGCACAAAAGAAAAUAUUUUG